AAUCCCGCACACCUUAAAAGAACACGCACAUUGAUAGAAACACUCAGCAUGUCUUUACAAUACUCUAAAUACAAGCAAAGAUUAGUGAACAUGGACUUAAGUUUUCCCGUAGAAGAUGAAUCACUAUUGCACACUGUGGAUCAUUUCUUCAAUGCAGCACACUUUUAGGGGACCUCAUGGCAUACAGUUUGCUGCUAAUGGACCUAAAGCAAAAAAGGAAUUCCCAUCACGGAGGCAGCAAUGAUAAUGUUGAAAUCUCAGCAGACUCUGUGACAAAACCCUGCUGUGUGGAAAUGGGUUCCAGAACUUACUCAACCUCAGCUAUUCACCUGCACACUUCCACCCCCAUCUCCAGGCUCCAGAGCAGACCAAAAGGCUAUAAUUCAGAAGAUAAUCUAUGUGAACAGUCCCCUGAGGUGGAGUUGGCAAGCACCAGACAGCAUGUGUCCAGGCCAAGCAGUUUGGAGAGCAGUAGGAAUGCUUCCAGCAGUAGUUCACCUCUCAAUUUAAAAGGUUCGUUAGACCAUAUGCAUGGUAGAACUGAGAGCCUCAGCAGUGAAGAUAUGGUGCCAAGCAGAGAGGCACCAGCCUUGCUCCGAGACACCUAUCCCCUUCACUCUGCUUCUGCCAUCUUAAGCCCCAGCAGCAGGCAAGAGUCCUCCUCUCACCGGAAUGGUUUGAUCUCUUAUGAUAAAUCUCAGAAGAGUAACCCAUCUCAGUCUUACCCAGGCAGGCAACGGGCUGCCUCACCUGGCAGUGAGAUGGUAACUUUGGAAGAGUUCUUGGAAGAGAGCAACAGGCUGUCUCCACCAAGUCAUCGGCGCAGUUUAAAUGAGAGUGAAAUGAUUUCAUUGCACCAAUUUCUGUUAGAAGCUGAUGCACUGUAUCCCUCUUGCUGCUGCGAAUGUCCUUCCAUUCCUCAGGAACAUUCGCAGUCACUUGAAUCGCUCCUCAGUCAUUCAUGUCCCGACAGCCUGAGGCACAGGACAGGCAGGGGGAAUAGGAGAUCUGCUUCACUAUAUAUCCCCAGGGACACCUCCAGUAACAGAGAUGACUUGCUCAGCGAUUAUUUUCGGAAAGCAAAUGAGCCUUCAGCUACUGGGAACUUGCUGGUUCAGCCAUCCAGAAAGGAGGCUGCUAAGAUGCCCACUAGUCUUGUUGCUCCAACCGUGAAGAUGACUAUUGUCAAUGAAGAAGGAAGAACACCUAAACCUGGAAAUUACUUGAAGCCAAAUCUUAGACAAGUGGAACCCCCUCUGGCAAACUCCCAGGGGGGGUCCCUUAAGCUUCCUCACACAGCACAGCACCAGCCCAGCAGCGGGAUGCGGCAGAUGGCACAGCCUCAGCAGCCUGGAACCACGAGCAAGAGGAGCACAUCCCUGAGCAGGGCAUUCAGCUUAGCCUCUGCAGACCUCCUCAGAGCCACCGGCCCAGAGACCUACAGGCAGGAGAGCGCUCAGAAGUCAGCAGAGCUGCAUGGGGGCAAGGAUGUUGUCAGUCAGAGCACCAGGGCUUCUGUGCCAACAAGCUCCCAGGCAAUCUUAAGAGAGAGGCCACAGUCUGCGAAGGUGGCAGGUUCCUUGCAAGGUGUCGAUUCCCGCUGUCGGCAGCUGGACGCGAGGCGCCUUUCCCUGGCCCCACCGAAAGAUGAGAGGCCACUCUCCUUCUGUCAGUUCUCUGCCUCGCCCACUGCAUCCACCAGCAGUCUGAAUGCCCAGCAGCCAGAGCAUGUGAACCCUGGGCAGCACUACUCAUCUGCAUCGCACACUCUUUCAAAAGUCAAACCCAAGCCAGCCCCUCGUACUGAGGAGGUGGCCACAGGGGCCCCUGGCAGAGCUGUUUCCAGCAGCACUGAGGGAAAUGCUUCCUUAGGGCAUGGCCAGGGUGAUGCCCUACUUACUAAGUGCCAGGGUAAGCUGCAAGAAAGCAGCACUGAAGCUGUAGAGGAGCCUGUGAGAGGAAGCAGCUCCAACAGCACUCCCGGAUCUCCUGACCCCCAGGGGGAUCAGCAGACAGUUUGGUAUGAGUAUGGCUGUGUGUAACCCACAGAUGCAGCUAUAGUAUGUGUUUGCUAUGGCUGUCCAGGUAACAUUUAUCUAGACACUGUCAGGUCUUAAAAGGCAUCACCUGCAUGCUGCUCUGAGGGUUCUCGGGGUGCCCUUUCCUAGUUAGACAAAGUAUGAUUAAGAGAAGCAAGGAGCAAAACCCCAGCCCUUUUUCUGACACGGUUGUGCCUAAAACAAAGCAGAAUUCUGGCCUAAUCUCACAGCAGACUUGACACCUGAUUCUCAUAGGUGCUGAGCAUUCCCCACUCCAGAGAAGCUUACCAGGGUCCUCUGUCAUUGCUGCACCGUGCACCCUUUUUGCCUGCAUUAAAGAAAAAUUUCACAGGUUGUAUGUGUGCUAAACCCAACCCCACCAUUGAUAAAUAAUUUAACCAUUCUGGAAAGGUCAUAUAAAAGCCAAACUUCUCCCCCAAAACCAGAACUAAGUGCUUGGCUUAAGUAGUGUAAAGAUAAAGUUGAAGAGCAAAAGUCUGUGGCUUUAGCCAUGGAUCUGGUAAAAUCAAUUCUUUUUGCCACAGCAACAUGCUACAGAGGUAUUGUGUAGACUUCAAGGGUCACAUCUCAACCCUCCCCUCUGAGACUGUACAAACACAGAGGCCAGCCUAAUGACCCCAUUGCCUUCACUGUAGCUGCAGCUCAGUGGAUCCUUGACUCUGCAAGCAGAGUGGUGCUGCCUUUUGAAACUUGUUAUACCUUUUAUACAAACACUGGAACUAAUGCAGCCUUUCAGGGGAGGUGCCAUUUCCAUUGCAAAGGUGGCAUCUCAUGUACAAAAGUGUCUUGUAAGUAUGUAUAUAAGAAGCUCAAGUACUGUAUAGGAAUGCUGUGUAAAUUGUGUUAUGACAUCCUUGUGUGCAUGACAGCCCACAUCCUAAGUGGUAUGUGGGAUUUUGUCUCUUAGAAAUCCUUGUUUAUGUCUCCAAGAACUUUUCUCAGUAUAGAAAGCAAAAUAAUUUUGUAUACAUGUGAAAGAAAUAUACUUCUAAAAAUCUAUUUAUGUGCAAAAAGUUCCUUGUAUGUUUCUGUCCGGAGUGUCAUCAGCUGCUUAUUGUAUAUAUGAUCAAAUGUGUAUCUUUAAUUCCAUGUUUGUAAAGCUGUUUUUCUUGCAAUAGACUAAAUCCUUUAAAAAAUACUUGUUUUGCUGGUUCUGAUUUAAUUUAGUAAAAGCUAAAACUGAUUCAUUUGAUGAUGUUUUUGUUAUCUAAUAUGUAGUGAUCCCAUUCUGGAAACUACAGAAUUGUUUAUAAUA